AUGUCUCCACCCUUGUUAAGUGGAGUCACAUGUCUCAGAUGUAAUGGCUUAUAUUCACUGCUGCUUCUUCUCAGUUUUAUCUCGGCCACGUCGGCAUCGAAACCCAAAGUCCCACCCCAGACACAUCCGAACUCUAUUCGUAUAGAUGGAGACAUUACUCUGGGGGGUCUUUUCCCAGUUCAUGCAAGAGGUCAUGGUGGAAAACCCUGUGGAGAACUUAAAAAAGAGAAAGGAAUCCAUCGUCUGGAGGCAAUGCUGUUUGCUCUGGACCGCAUCAACAACGACCACGACCUGCUGCCCAAUAUCACCCUGGGGGCACGGAUUCUGGACACCUGCUCCAGGGACACACAUGCACUGGAACAGUCACUGACUUUUGUCCAGGCACUUAUAGAGAAAGAUGGGAUUGAUGUGAAGUGUGCGGAUGGAGGAUCUCCUGUCAUUACAAAGCCGGAGAGGGUCGUGGGGGUCAUCGGGGCUUCCUCCAGCUCGGUGUCGAUCAUGGUGGCUAAUAUCCUGCGCUUGUUUAAGAUUCCCCAGGUGAGCUAUGCUUCCACUGCACCGGAGCUGAGCGACAACACACGCUACGACUUCUUCUCUCGAGUCGUUCCUCCAGACACCUAUCAGGCCCAAGCCAUGGUGGACAUAGUCCGCCACAUGGGCUGGAACUUUGUCUCCACUGUGGCAUCAGAGGGGAACUAUGGAGAAAGUGGUGUUGAUGCCUUUAUCCAGAGAUCCAGAGAGGACGGAACUGUGUGCAUCUCACAGUCAGUAAAAAUCCCUCGUGAGCCGAAACCAGGAGAGUUCGACAAAAUUAUUCACAACCUCAAAGAAAAGUCCAAUGCCAGGGUGAUUAUUAUUUUUGCGAAUGAAGAUGAUAUAAAGCGACUACUGCAGGCUGCAAAGAAAGCCAAUCAAACAGGCCACUUUAUUUGGGUGGGAUCAGACAGCUGGGGCUCUAAGAUCACCCCCGUGCUUCACCAGGAGGAGAUGGCAGAGGGGGCGAUUACUAUCCUACCCAAACGUCAGUCAAUCAGAGGGUUUGAUCAUUUCUUCAUUAGCAGAACACUGGAGAACAACAGAAGAAAUGUCUGGUUUGCUGAAUUCUGGGAGAACAAUUUUAACUGCAAGCUCAAUCGUCAUGCCUUCAAGAAAGGGACGGGCGUUAAAAAAUGCACAAAUCAGGAGAGAAUUGGAAAAGAUUCAGCGUAUGAGCAGGAGGGGAAAGUGAUGUUUGUGAUCAAUGCUGUGUACUCUGUGGCUCAUGCCCUCCAUAACAUGCACAGAGAUCUUUGUCCUGGCAAGGUGGGACUUUGCUCCAAAAUGGAUCCUAUCGAUGGAACUCUUCUCCUUAAGUACAUACGUAAAGUCAAUGUCACAGUCACAACUGGUAAUCCAGUGCAGUUUAAUGAAAACGGAGAUGCCCCAGGUCGUUACGAUAUCUUCCAGUACCAGAUAAAUAACAAAACCGCAGAGUACAAGAUCAUCGGCAACUGGAUUGACAAACUCAACUUGAAUAUGUCCAUGAUGCAGUGGCCAGGUGGUGUACGUCAAGUGCCGCCUUCAAUCUGCAGCCAGCCCUGCAAGCCAGGCUGGAGGAAGAAGAUCGUAAAGGGUAUACCCUGCUGCUGGCACUGUGAACGCUGCGAUGGCUACCAGUACCAGGCCGACCCGUUUACCUGCAAAAUGUGCCGCUUCGACCUUCGACCCAGCAAGAACCAAACAGACUGCCAGCCAAUUCCUAUCAUCAAGCUGGAGUGGAGUUCUCCCUGGGUCAUCAUACCUGUACUCAUUUCUAUUCUGGGCAUCAUGGCCACCCUGUUUGUGGUGAUCACCUUUAUACGCUUCAACGACACGCCGAUCGUCAAGGCAUCAGGACGAGAGCUUAGCUACGUCCUGCUGACUGGCAUCUUCCUCUGCUACGCCACCACCUUUUUGUUGAUCGCUACUCCUGACGUUGGACUCUGUUCAUUUAGACGCAUUUUCCUUGGCCUCGGAAUGAGUAUAAGCUAUGCUGCUUUGCUAACCAAGACAAACAGAAUUUACCGCAUUUUCGGACAGGGUAAGCUGUCUGUUAGUGCCCCACGGUUUAUCAGCCCGGCAUCGCAACUGGUGAUCACGUUCAUACUGAUCUCGGUUCAGCUCUUGGGAGUGUGUAUCUGGUUCAUGGUGGACCCCCCUCAGGCAUUUGUAGACUACGAGGAUCAGCGUGUGGCUAACCCAGUUCUAGCACGCGGUGUGCUAAAGUGCGAUAUCUCAGACUUAUCACUCAUCUGCCUUUUGGGGUACAGCAUGCUGCUCAUGGUCACUUGUACCGUCUACGCCAUAAAGACACGAGGGGUACCGGAGACCUUCAACGAGGCGAAGCCGAUUGGAUUCACCAUGUACACCACCUGCAUUAUCUGGCUUGCCUUCAUCCCUAUCUUCUUUGGGACGUCACAGUCGAUGGAAAAGAUGUACAUCCAGACGACCACUCUGACCAUCUCAGUAAGUCUAAGUGCCUCAGUGUCGCUGGGAUUGCUCUACAUGCCUAAAGUGUACGUGGUGCUUCUGCAUCCUGAACAGAAUGUGGCUAAGCGCAACGCUCGUAGCCUGAAGGCUGUGGUCACCGCUGCCACCAUGUCCAACAAAUUUAACCCCAGAGCGAGCCUGCGGCCCAACGGAGAGGCCAAGACCGAGCUGUGUGAAAGCCUGGAAACUGAAGGUCUCAGCACAAAACAAACAUACGUCAGCUACAGCAACCACGCAAUGUAACAAGGCAAAGGGGACACGGACAUCAAGAAGAUGGCACAUCACAGUUGACUGCUCUUGUGGUUUUUAUAUGGAUAAGAGUUAUAUUUAAAAAUGCAAGCAGCUGGCAAAAAAUAUUCUUGUGAAAACCAAAUAAAGACCCGGAAAGGACAGCUGAACAGGUCAAUACUAUUAUAAACAUAGCUCAUGACUAUCCCUAAAGAUGUGCCCAUCAAACCUCUACAAGGAGCGAGUCUGAGUCAAUGCCAUGGACCAAAUUAAACACAGUUUCGGUGCGGACAAGGCUAGAAGGACUUCUCUUAUUAAAGCAAAAAGAACCUUCCGUUGUUGUUUUGAACAGUGAUGCAUGUGUUAAACCAGAGAAUGUAAAAGUAAACAUGUAUGCAAUGCUACUUUGUUCUAUUUGAUCUCUGAACAAUUACUUGUCUAUUUGCUCAUU